ACCGCAUACCGUGCAAAAUGGUUUUGCUCCCUUGCUCAAGGGCGUGUGCAUCAGUCACUGGCUGACUUGUUGAACCCUAUCAAUAAAACCACGACACCUCAGGCUCUCACAUCAAUGACUGUUGUCGAAGACAUACCAAUGGCAGAUGAUUUGACCAUUCCGUCCAGCUUAUCAUCACUCAUACUACCCACCGAGACUGAUGACGACACACAUUCAGAUAUGUCAUUGCUUGCACACCUGAAUGAUAUUGACCUUCGAGAUGAUAGCACAUCGAGAGCCAUCGAAAUUGGAUCUUUGAAGAACCUAUCACAGCUGGUAUCUACAGGAGAUGUAGACGUCACUCCUGAUAUAGACCUGGGUCAGCGCAGUGAAGGGGAGAUGAUGUCAGUCAAUGAGGAAAAGCGUAGCAGCCCUUUGAGCCCCAAAGCAUGCUUUUUGGCCCUCUUUCCUGGCUCAAGUUCUGGGGGAAAGCGCCGCAAAGCUGAGGGUCAAGGUGACUCACCAACGCAGAAGCAACGAGUGAAGUGUACCAAAUUUGCACUCCCAUUUGAUCCUGAUGGUGAAUCAACCAAGGGUCCUGGAACAAGCAAAUCAGCGACUCACGACAGAGAGCUUCGUGCACAAUGGAAGGCUGGGACACUGCUCAUUAACCAGGCUCAGCUUGAAAGGUGGCAGUGGGACUGUCGUGCGUUCGACAAGAAGGUUGAGUUCAAACCAGACAACCCUGUUGACGUAUGGUGUGGCGGAUGUGGAAAAUGGUUGUCUGUGUCAACACCUGCAUUGCAUGCAAAGGAACCCUCUUUCCUGAUGACCAUCUGUGCGCAAAUGUUUGAGUUGGUUCAUCAACACUUGAAGUCUCUCAACUACGAUGGCCCUGUCGCUCUCAGCUGUGAUGAUACUAAACUCUCUGCAUCCUGGCGCUUGGUCCAAAAGAGCGAGGAUGAAGGCCUUCUUCUGAUAGGUGGCAUAGGUGGUCCCAUUCGUGUGCCAGAUCCAGCGGCAGCCCAAGCUAUAAUAGACAGUGGUAAGGUCAGCGAAGCAACAAAGGUUCGGUUGUUCACGCUUCAAGUUCCUUUGCCUGGUGUCGGUCCAAUUCUGGUAGCAGCAUUGCCUAUCGGCGAGUCAAACAAGGCUGAAGACCUAGUUGGAUACUCGGUUCAAGUCAUCCGUGGUCUUGUUGGGUUGGGUAUCAAAGUUGCCUCCUACUCAUGCGACGGGACGGAGACUGAGCGUAAAGUUCAACAGCUGCUCUGCGAACUUGCUGAUGAGUGUCGCGUCUACAAGGUACCAAGUCCUCAUGGUAAUGGCUAUGAGCUUACUAUCCGAGUGGCAAUUUACGGCGAUUGUCCUAUCAUCAUGAUCCAGGACUCCAAGCAUGCAUUGAAGACAUUUCGUAACAAUCUCUUCUUUGGUGCAUGGCUGCUUGUAAUCGGCAACGCCACAGCACUCUAUCGACGGAUUCACACCAUGGCUUAUCAAGAUGCAUCACCGCUUUAUGUGCGUGACGUGGAUAGGUUGGAUCGACAAGAUGACAAUGCUGCCACUCGUCUCUUCAGCUCUCAUGCAUUGGAGCAUCUGGUUCAAGAGAACCCUGACUUCCUUGGAGAAAUCAUUUACCUCUUUAUCUUCGGCGAGUUGGUGGAUGCAUAUCAAAACAGGCAUAUCCCACUCAUUGAGCAGUUCAAACUGAUUUUGCGGGCAUAUUACUUCCUUUGCAUGUGGAAGACCUUCCUUGAAAGAGCAGGAUACCAACAAAGUCAUUAUUUCAUCUCGCCGGAGGCUACUGAUAUCACGCGGAUGCUCGUCGAAGGUCUGGCGGGCCUGAUUUUCAUCUACAGGGACUACUACACUACCGACUCAAAGCCCUUCCCUCUCUUGCCAUGGCUUCACUCUAGUGAACCCUGCGAGCAUGCAUUUGGAUCGGCGCGUCAGGUUGUCAAAGACUUCACCAUGCUCAAUUUCCACUACAUGAUCCAGAAAUUACGGCUCAAGACUCGAGAGGCUGCCAUGCUUGCAGAGGCUGCAGAUCCGAAGGGACGCGCAAUGAGUUACAAUCACACAUAUGUCAAUUCCAGGGGCAUCAACGUGACCAUGCUUGCAACCUACUUUUCCGACUCUGACUUGCCUGACAUUGCUGAUGUUGCAAUGCAAGAAGCUGAGUCAGUCAUUGGAUUACUUGGACUGGCUCCAGAUAUGCUUCAUGCGCCCGAUGACGCUAUGGCCUUUCUGCCCUCUAUUAACUCAUGGUACAAUGACAACACCGUUAGCCCAGAUGCCAAUCUCGACUCUGGCACUGACGGAGAUAACAGUAGUGAUGACGAGGACGAGGACGAGGAUGAGGAUGAUCUUGCAGCUGGAAUUGAAUUGCGGGAGCUUCUACGUAGUUCGGACAUGGGUUCACUUGUGACAGAUCUCACGCGCAGUGAGGAGGAUCGUCUGACAAGCCUUGCAUCAGCCGCGGUGGCACUUGCACUUGACAACUACCUCACGGUCGAGGACUUACUGGACAUCGAUGGAGAGAUGGAGGAUGAAAUCUUCGCCGAGGAAUGUGAACUCAUUCAUGCAUCAAUUGCGGCAGCUCUUCCUCCUGUUAAGGGUGUGGACGAAUGGGAGAAACCAUUUGGACAAGGUACAGUCAUACUGGAUGAGCUUGACUUGGGACGCCUAGUGGAACUGCGACAGUUACACAAGACCCGACAGGCGAUAGAGGGUGUUCGAACCAAGUCCCAAAAGAAAACCGAGCCACCAGAGAAAUCCACUCAAUGACAGCUAUUAAAAGAAUUUCACAAGC